AUGAAUAAAGCAAUCCGGAAAAAAGAGAAAAUAAAUGCCUGGAAAGGAUCACGUGAAAGAACUAUCGGUGACAUGUUUCUUUUGUCCGGCUUCCGGCCACUGUGCGGUGGUGAGCGAUGGUACAUAAACAACGUCGAUCUCUCGUAUUCAUCUUCCAACCAUAUAUUCGAGCUCAUCGAUCGUCCCGGUUUGGAUGUUAAACUGUCAACACCCCCGGGCACAAUGCUGUUUUCGACUACAGUCGGCAAAUCCUACACCUAUGAUCAGGAAGUUAACAUAACCAUGUUUUCGCAGGAUGAAAAUGAUAACGCGGGCCAUUCAGCGACACUAUUCCUCAGAGAGCUUAGAGUGCAGAGUUUUAUGGACAAGUCAUUAAACGCAUGGGUACCCCCGUUAGCGUGCGGUGUUACUGAAACAUAUCGCGAUGACACUGUGUGGAAUGUUGUUGGAUAUACACUUGCAGUUGCAACCGUCUGUAGCGUAGUCGGUUAUGGUUUGUGGAGGUACUUCAAGGUCAAAAAGUCCCAGUAUGGAAACGUGGUUUAAACUGGCUACAGCUUUGUUAAAGUAUUAUGAAAAAAAAAACGUACGAAGGUGGCCGAAACAGUCGCAGCUAGUUCUAAAUGGACGUCUUGCUAGCAACAUUUAAAACAACAACGUACAGCAGACAAUUUAGUUCAUAUUAAAAACCGUACUCAAAAAAAUACCGCAGUUAAAAACGAUCACCAAAAUUUUUUUUCAAGUCGGUUAUUUUCUAAAC